UUUGAUAAACGUUUUAAUUUUUCACAGUGAAACAAUCUCUUGAAUGGCGUCUUGCUUUGGCCUACUUAGUGCCUAACUUCUUCGCUCGUGUGUGGGCAGCAAACAGUGGGUGUGUGUGCGUGGAUGUAGCCCUUCGUUGGGGUUGGAGAAAUGUUUUGUUUACAUUGGGUAGGAUGAUGAUAGAACACGGUUCGAGUGGUGGCAUCUGUAUGCGAUUAGGAAAAUUGUGCUGACCACACGUAAAGAAACCACAUAACACAAGGAAAACCAACCGCACAAAAAAAACUUUGUUGCGGAGAGUCCAACACACGCCGAAGGCGCGUAUGUUAUGGAAGAAUGUUGCACCAUCGCACGCACCAGCAGAAAUCGUCAACAUGCCCUUCUCCGACCACAACCUGCUACAGCAAACGUUCAAGGACUUUCGUUCGAUGGCGUCUGAUCGCUAUCGUGCCGAUCAGCCUUACCAGGUGGUGGCAUUAAUAUUCUACGCAUGACAUUGAUCCUCAACUUUGGUUCUAAAACGUCUAGCGGCGUUAUGCAAAAGGCACGAUCGCCACCAAUAGCGCUUCCGUUGAACGCAAUCAAAUGAACAAACGGAUCGGCCAAUCGAUCGUUUAAAUAAGUAAUCAAAUUCAUAAAUUGUUAGUGUUUUUUUCAUGAUCAUGCUGAAAGUUGUUGCAGUAAAUAACAAUUGCUACCACGAGCAUGUUGUGUGCAGUAAACAACAAUUGCUACCAACAGCACCUGCAGCGACCUACUUAGAUGCAAUCGUUUUGGAAAGACUUACGAAGCAAAAACAGAAUAAACAAAUCGAUCUGCCAUAAUUUUUGCUACAUGGACAAGUUAAGUGCAAUAGCAAAAAUGUAUUAUGGAAAAAUAUAUUCCUGCACUAAUAAGCUACUGUGCCGGAAGCUACGAUCGUUUUACACUGAUUUGGAACUGUAUUUCCCUCUCCACCCUCCCGAUUAAUACAUCCGGCCGUGAGUCGUGCCGCAACGAAUUAAAAUGGGGUUAAAUGAACGUGCGCCAAUUGUUUGGUGCACAAAUCUUUACCGCGUUGCACGUUAUCGCGCAAUCGAGCCUUACGCGAUCUGUUCGCUGCGCAAUCUGCGGUGGCCUAUCGAUCCCUCAAAGAGAGCGUUUCAUCGCCCUCGCACCGCCUGUCAAGCGGUCAACUUCUACGGCGGGCGACGUCAUGUCCGCGCGUCACAUCGUAUGAUGGAACCAAUGCGAAGAGAGAGAGAGAGGACGCUUUUGAUAAGAAUAGCUCGAAAGUUUUAAAUAUCACCUAGGCGUCGUUGGGAUGUAAAGGUUGAUGACGCAGGAGAAUUAUGUUGAUAGUGGACGAUUUGCCAUGAGCAUUUGCUUUGGGUUCAUUAGAAGCGGUGGGCUCGUUCGACAUGCCACCAACGACAGAUGGAACGCUCGCAACACAGCCACCGGAUGUGGUGUCCGGUCCAUUUACAUCACUUCCACUCGAUAUGACCGAUACCGACGAUAUAGACGAUCGACGAUCACCGGCAAUGAAUGGUCCCACCGACGCUGGCAGCAAGAAGGAACGAAGCUUUCUGCUAAUGGACGAACAGGAACGGAUAUGUGUCCGUUCGGCCGACCAGUUCUGCAAGCGGCUAUCUGUGUCACCCGAUGCAAAGUUAAAGGUCGUCUCCAUCUUCGGUAAUACCGGCGAUGGGAAAUCGCACACGAUGAACCACGCACUGUUUAGCGGUCGGGACGUGUUUAAAACGUCAUCGGAACAGGCGUCCUGCACCAUGGGCAUCUGGGCCGCUUAUCAACGGCAGAAGAACGUGCUUGCCCUCGAUACCGAAGGUCUGCUCGGCGAGACGGUCAACGAAAACCGACAGAUGCGCAUGUUGCUCAAAGUGCUGGCCAUUUCGGACAUUAUCAUUUAUCGUACGCGAGCCGAACGUUUGCGCACGGAUAUGUAUAAAUUUCUCGGCACGGCUUCGAAAGCUUUCACGAAGUACUUUUCGGGCGCAUUGCAAGCGCUCGAUUUGCCCGGCCCGCCACAAGCCCUCGGACCGGCGGUAAUUAUCUUUCACGAAACGCACAACACGGAGGUGUUGAAGGAGGAUGACGAUGGGAAGAAGGAGGAGGACAUACUGCGCGAACGGUUCGCCAAGCUGCGGCUGGAGUUGAGUGCGUUCAGCUCGCUACGGUAUGUCGGUGUCCGGACGUCAAAGCCACCGACCAACUAUGAGCUGCUGCGAAUGGUAUGGGAAAAGGAGAUCCGCAAUACGGCCGUCCGUUCACCACGGUUGCCACGAGUCGUGUUUGAAGCAUUGCUGGCACUGAACAAUAAGUUUAACGGUGAUCUUAGCCCACUGCCGUUCAAUGCCUUCCCGGAGCAGUACUUUACCUGUACGACCUACUGCAAGUCGUGCGAUGCCCGCUGCCAGCUUUCGAUGGGCCAUCUCGAGCUGAAGGAGGAUCAUCGGUGCGGCAGCAGCUGCAAGUAUCAGCAUCAGCACGAGAACAAGGUGUAUCUGUGCAACCGGUGCCACGUGAACGGUCGCCAGGUGGUGGUCAGUAUUCAGACACAAAAGUCCACCGAUUCGUCGUGGAUGGGACUGGCGCUGUACGCAUGGAGCGGGUCCGUUAUCGAGUGUCCGCAUUGUGGGGAAAUUUAUCGAUCGCGUCAACACUGGUACGGCAACAAAUCGCCUGAACAGAAUGCAGUACGAACGGAAAUUGUACAUGUUUGGAAUGAUGGCGGUUUGCAGCUACAUGGACCAACACAUUCUGCCCAGCUCGUUCUCGACGGUGUGGCCUACAUCACGGAUGCGAUGGCAAGCGUUGGUUCCCAACCAACGAAGCUUGUCAAAUCGUGGGUAACGGACAAAAUCAGACCUGCCUACUGGCGACCGGAUAGUGAGAUCAUUCAUUGCAAAGGAUGCAUCAGCAACUUUGAGCGGCUCGGUUUGAAGAAGCAUCAUUGUCGCAGCUGUGGGGAAGGAUUUUGCAACCAUUGUUCUAAGCAUGAGAUGCCGGUUCCCAGUCGCGGUUGGAACUAUCCGGUACGGGUAUGCAACAGCUGCUGGAACGAUGGACGUAACGGUGGUACAGUGGGCACGGACAGUGCAGCAACUGCAAAUGGAAUCACAUCGAACGGAAACCAUCAGACAGAGCAACCGCAUCGGAUUUCAGAUCGUGAUAUUGAUGAGCAAGAGCUUACUGAUGAUGCUGACCUCCUCGUGACGUCUUCUUCUGCAGGCAAUGGUAUCGACGAAGCGAACAACGUACUAGUAAGGCGGUACGGUGAAGCAGUUAUCAACACGAUUAGCAACAUUGGUGCCGUGCUGGAGUAUCCGAAAGACUUUAUCAAGGAAUCUGCCCGCCCCUCCUACUGGGUACCGGAUGCCGAAGCCCCGAACUGUUACAUCUGCGAGCUGGAGUUUGGUUCACCGGAAGAACUGAACACAAUUGCAGCACUUGGUAAGGCAGCGGCACCACUAUCAUCCGGAACAUCGACACCGUCGGUAUCGCCGGCAAAGCGUAGUGAAAAUGGGGCCGAUACCCGUUUGAACGGUGGCGUAACGCGAGCGUCCCAGAGCACUAAAGCUGCUGGUAGCGUUUCAGCCUCGCAACGAUCUGCUUCGUCGUACCGCACCGUCGAUCGGCGACGGCAUCACUGUCGGGCGUGUGGGAAUGCGGUGUGUGCCGGUUGCUCACAAAACCGUCGUCCCGUGCCGAAACGGGGCUGGCUGAGCGAUGUGCGCGUCUGCAACGGUUGCUACACGGCAGAAGAUUAAAACAGAACGUCCUGAGUUUGUUCCUUCUUCUUCCACAGCUCUUCACAAUUUUCUGUCCCCCAUCCCUUUGGACGAUUAGCUAAUUAGUGAGGGUAGAUUUAUGCUUUUCGUUUUAUCCCUAGUAUGUGGUACGGCGUUCACAUAUCCUUUCCGAGCAAUCCCUUCAACAGCGGCGAAACUCGCGAUCUGCCUUUCUUCCCAGUUUUGCAUUUCCAUUCGUUAUGCGAGGAAGUGUUUAGCCAAAAAAAAAAGAAACCCACUAUUGAACCGUACGCACUAGAUAUGGUGCAGCACGGCCCUAACAAGCCGGCUGCCAAACCACCAAAAAUGUGAUGAUAUUUACUCUUUUUUUUCAUCCCUUUUAUUAGCGUUUAGAAUUGGAAUGCGGAUAGGUUUUUUAUUGAAAUCAGUUCGGCUGCGAGAUGUGACUUUGGAGUGAAACCGAUAAAGACUAGUAUUUUGUUUAUGGAUUAUAUAAGUGGAAUAGUAUACAAGCUAGCUUUAAACCGUUCUUGUUUGAUUUUGAUCCAUUACAUGCGUUUUUUUCUGUUAUUCAAUUCUUAUGAAAAUUGUACUGUGUUAGUCCCGUUAGACUCGAAGUGUAGCGAAACGUGACGUGAAAUGUCUCGUGUAUACACUGAUGCAUGUAUUGGAAUGCCAUGCCAUGCCCUAGGAAACCUGAAAUGGUUUUAAAAAUCUACACACCGGUGUGAGUCGUCCUGAGAAUCAUAAUGAAACAAGAAACCCCAACCAGAUAGGGUCCGUGCAAAUGGACAUUUCAAACUGGUUAAGCUGCCAUCAGAUCUUUAUAUACCAGAGGUAUCGCAAUGCAUCGCAUCCCCCGCGCACCCCCUUCUUCUAAGCAUACAAUUGAAUUUAUCACCACACUCUGUACCAUUCGUGUUCUGAGCACGGGUAACGGAACGAUGACAUGUGGAUUGGAACAAGUGUAUCGUGUUAAUGCAAACCAGAAUAUGCACACAGUGUAAACCUAGUUUAUGUGCGGAGUUUCGUAGUUAAACUAAUUGAUCUUUCCAACAGCAGAGCUUCUGUCUCUCGUGGCAUCUUACCUAUGUAUGGACACGUCAAAGCAUAUACAUAAAGAUACAUAUAUAUAUAUAUUUCGAUAAUUCAUCAGAAGAAAUCUUCGAAUGGCACAGUUUUAGUAGAA